AUGGCGGCCCCGCAACCGGCGGCGGCUGCGCCGAGUGGGGCUCUGAAGACAUGUGGUCUGGAGAAGAUUGUGGAAGCGCUGAAGCUGCUGCUGAGCCCGGGAGGAUCAGGCUCAAGUUCACUACAGAACACAAAACAUGAUGUCUUGCUGGAGACUCUAAAAUAUAACCUGUCUGCCUUGGAGGCCAAGUUUCUGAAGGAUACUCAGUGGAAGAAGUUGAAAGUCCUAAGAGACGAAAUUGCUCAUAAGGUCGAGUGGCUGCAGAACUCUGAGGAUAUCACUUGGAGUUUCACCUCUCAAACUUUGUUGCUGCUGCUGAGUUUGAAGGAAACCAUGACCCGCCUUGUAGCUGAUUUCAGUCCAAGCACACCUAACCCUAGGACUCCAGAAGCUGCUCCUGCCCUCAGUCCAGAUACACUUAGUGUCUCCCAACAGAAGACUGUCCAGUCAGUUCUACAGUUUGUAGUUACCUUGGGUGUCUGCCCCUACCUCAUGCCUGGUGUGGGAGUCCCUCUGAGAUAUAGGACUGAGUUUGGAGCUGUUGUUCAAGAUGUAGUGUGCCUGGAGGCUGCCCCCCAUGCCACCCGGAGACUGUACAUCUGCUGCAGGGUCCUCCUAGAGCUGGCUCAGCAUGCAUCUCUAGGAAGCUUGAUUUUCUGCCGUCACUUUGGGGAUAUUGCUGCAGGUCUGUGCCAGCUGGGGUUCUGCCCAAUCAAAAGAAAACCACCAGCACCUGUGGAAGAGGUUUUAACAGAAGAGGAAAGAACCCUAUCAAGGGGGUCCUUGAGAGACAUCUUGGAUCAAGUCUACCAACCAUUAGCUGUCCGGGAAUUACUUAUCCUCCAGGGAGGACCACCCCAGUCCUGUACAGAUAUAAAGACACCGCUUAGGGGUCACACCCCAGCUUGGCUCCGGCGUCUGUGUGGGCAGCUGCUCUCUGAAAGGUUGAUGAGACCCAACGGUGUUCAGGCAGUAGUCCGGGGCAUUUUGGAAGGAGCAGGUGCGGGUGCUGCUGGUGGGAGUGAUGCCGAGGCCACAGCGGCUGACUGGAAGAAAUGUGACUUGAUUGCAAAGAUUCUGGCCUCUUGUCCCCAGCAGUCUCUUUCCCCAGAGAGCUACUACAAGGACAUCUGCCCACAGAUUCUGGAUUUAUUCCAUUUUCAAGAUAAAUUGACAGCACGGCAGUUUCAGAGAGUGGCCACUACCACCUUCUUAACUAUGUCGAGGGAAUGCCCAGAACUGGCCUCAAAGUAUUUGCUUCAGCCUAUGCUAGCUCCUCUGCAUCGAUGCUUGACCUCAGCAGAGAUUCCAGAGAGUGAUAUGGUGCCAGGAACUAUUUUGGUGACUGAGGAAGAACUUAGUCGAUGUGUUGAAGAUGUGUUUAAGGUGUAUGUGGUGGCAAACGAGCCUCUCCCAGUGUUGCUGGAUGCCCUGCUUCCACUCCUCGGGGUGUUCUUUUCUCUCUACUGUUUUACCAAGCAGAGUGUGUCUCACAUAAGGUCACUUUGCCAAGAGAUCUUGUUAUGGAUUCUGGUGAAGCUGGAAAGGAAGAAGGCAAUUGCCAGCCUGAAAGGAUUUUCGGGGUUGGACAGAGCUGCGCCCUCCCUCCAUCCUCAGUGUCAAUUUAGAGCUGCCAUGCACGGUGGCAUUGUGAUUACUGUCAAAGAGGCCACUAGCGAUGAUGAAGAUGAAGCCCUGUACCAGAAGGUGUCUUCUGAGCAGAGCCAGAUGGAACAUCUUGGGGACUUGCUGUCCCACUGCCAGCAGUGUGGUUUGGCAGGAGACUUCUUCAUCCUUUGUUUGAAGGAGUUGUCUCACCUGAUAGUGGAAAAUGAAGCAGAGUUCAAACCUAUGCCCUCCUGUUAUACAAACCUGCUGGAAUUAGAGCAAUACCAGGCUCUACUUAUAGAAGACCAAGAGAGGAAGCUGCUGGUCCUGCAGUUGCUGGCUGUUCUGUGUGAGAGAAUGUCUGAGCAAAUAUUUACACACAUCACUCAGGUAGUGGACUUUGUAGCAGCAACACUGCAAAGAGCAUGUGCAAGCCUGGCUCAUGAGGCCAAGAGUACCGUGGAAUCCCAGACACUGAGCAUGUCCAUGGGGCUGGUAGCUGUUAUGCUAGGAGGAGCUGUUCAGUUGAAGUCAAGUGAUUUUGCAGUCCUGAAGCAGCUGCUGCCUCUGUUGGAGAAAGUCUCUAAUACAUACCCUGACCCCGUCAUCCAAGAACUCGCUGUCGAUCUCCGAAUUACCAUCUCUACUCAUGGAGCCUUUUCCACUGAGGCUGUCAGCAUGGCUGCCCAAAGUACCCUGAACAAAAAAGACCCGGAAUGGAAAACAGAAGAACAGCAACAAACCAGUCAUGACACAUCCAUAGAAGUAGCUCAGAACCACUCUGAACAAGAGCGGGACCCUCCUAGAACAAGCCCAGAAUCUAAAGAGCCUAGCACAGCAACAAGCCAGUCACCUAGAAAUAUAACCACAGAACAGUUCCAAGAAGUUCUCUUAUCAGCCUAUGAUCCCCAGGUUCCAACCCGAGCUGCUGCCCUACGCACUCUUUCCCGAUGGGUAGAGCAGAGAGAGGCAAGAGCUCUUGAGGAACAAAAGAAGCUUCUCCAGAUAUUCUUGGAGAACUUGGAGCACGAAGACACUUUUGUAUAUUUAUCUGCAAUUCAGGGGAUUGCCCUUCUCUCAGAUGUGUACCCUGAAGAAAUCUUGGUUGACCUGUUGACCAGAUAUGAUAGUGGCAAAGACAAGUACACUCCAGAGACCAGAAUGAAAGUUGGGGAAGUCCUGAUGCGAAUUGUCAGGGCAUUAGGGGACAUGGUCUCAAAAUACCGAGAACCUUUGAUCCAUACAUUCCUGCGGGGAGUGAAAGAUCCAGAUGCUAUACACAGGGCCAGCAGCUUAGCCAACCUGGGAGAGCUGUGCCAGCACCUGGACUUCCUGCUGGGCCCCGUGGUUCAUGAGGUGACAGCCUGCCUGGUUGCUGUGGCUAAGACAGACAAUGACAUUCAAGUGCGCAGAGCUGCGAUCCAUGUGGUUGUGCUGCUGCUUCGGGGACUCAGCCAGAAAUCAACAGAGGUGCUGAGCGAUGUCCUCAAGGAUCUCUAUCACCUGCUGAAGCAUGUGGUGCGUUUGGAACCAGAUAAUGUGGCCAAGCUACAUGCCCAGCUGGCCCUGGAAGAGCUGGAUGAGAUCAUGAGGAACUUCCUGUUCCCUCCCCAGAAGCUGGAGAAGAAGAUCGUGGUCUUGCCAUAGACCUGGUUCAUAGGACAUGGAAGAAGGCAGAGAGGGACCAAGCAGCCAAAGCAGUAGCCAGACACCUCCCAGCAGGUGGCUCCACCACCUCCCUAAUACUUUAAUACUUGCAAUAUGGCAGAUGUUAAGGUAGCUGUAUGGUGCUGGACACUUGGUGUUCAGGACUACCUUUCUAGAGCAUCCUUUUAGUCACCCUGCACCUGGCCCAAAGCAUGGGCAGUUAGAAGGAAAAGGAUGAAUUCCAUCUUGUCUGCACAUUCUUGUUGUCUUGUGUUAUUUAGAGGAGAUACACAUGACUGAACCAUUUUCUUGGAGAUGGAGAGGCUGCCUGCACAGGUCCUAUCUUGAUGUUCUUUCAUGGGGAGAUGACUCCACUUGUGACAAUGAGGAGCAGGCAGAGCUGUUGUGUUUGACUGCUAAAGAGUCAUCUGGUUGUGCAGCUGUGGGAAGGGGAAGAAAGCACUGCUUAAAGGUAUAAAAAGGAAUAAAAUGACCUUGGUUGGUAUGACC